GCUGACGGUGAGAGGCAGGCCAGCUGAGACCCAGCAGCAGCUGCUCACAGACCCAGACAGAACCGACCCACCAUGCGGUCCCUGAUGGUCCUUGCCCUGCUGGCUGUGGCCGCACUCUGCCUCUGCCUGGCUGGUCCAGCAGAUGCAAAGCCCAGCAGUGCUGAAUCCCGCAGAGGUGGUGCAGCCUUCGUGUCCAAGCGGGAGGGCAGCGAGGUGGUGAGGAGGCUCCGGCGCUACCUGGACUCUGGGCUGGGCGCCCCGGUCCCCUACCCGGAUCCCCUGGAGCCCAAGAGGGAAGUAUGCGAGCUCAACCCCAACUGUGACGAGCUGGCUGACCACAUUGGCUUCCAGGAAGCUUACCAGCGCUUCUAUGGCCCGGUCUAGAGCGGCCAGCCCCACUCUCCACCCCCUCACCCCCCCUUCUCCCAGAACCCCUCCCUUCCCCUCACCCUGACCUCCCUGCCCUGCAAGUGUGGGGUCCUUGUCAUCACAGCUGCUCCAGAAUAAACUCCAGAAGAGGAAUUGG